AUGGCCGCACUGCACAGACUCACAGGCCCUCGUUACUGUAAGGUGCCAGUAUGGCCGCACUGCACAAACUCACUGGCCCUUGUUACUGGAAGGUGCCAGUAUGGCCGCACUGCACAGACUCACUGGCCCUCGUUACUGGAAGGUGCCAGUAUGGCCGCACUGCACAGGCUCACUGGCACUAUAGCCCACUCUCAGGAUUUAGAUCAGGCUCAUAUUAAUAAGACAUCUAAAUUAUACAUGCCAAGUCACUGGGAUAUCUCCCACUCACCAGAAGCAGGGAGUCUCUCCAUCCCCCCCACACCAAUCCACCCACCCUACCACUACCACUACAAAUGUACACAUUUACACAUGCAGGCUGUAGAUAGAACUCUGUAUUCUGUAAUAACAGACAUGCCAGGAAAAGGAUGGGUGUGA